UGUGUCCGUUGAUGCCAUUGAGUGCUUCUCGGCGCGCGUGCUGUACACGCGCAUUAUCAAUGGGCUCGCCUCAUGGACCCCUUCAUGGGAUAGCGGGUGUGAGUGCUGGGGAGGUGAAGAGAAUGGUACCUGGGACGGGAGCUGGGAUGCCUUCAUACAAGCGCUCAAGGCUGUGUGCCAGCCUAUUUCAUCAGAGGGAGCAUUGCGGCCUGGGGAAAGCAUUGUGAUUUUGAUCCGCAACGCCGAUAGGCUGGAAGCGUCUUUACCUACUCUCCUCGUCCCAUUAACCCGUUUAUCAGAGCUGUCUUUGCUAAACAUUACAACAAUUCUCGUGUCACGGUGUACUUGGAUCGAUAUGCGUCCCGCAUGGGGAGCCUCUCCUGACCCUCUGCUCGUCUUUGUUCCCCCUCUCACCCCCUCGCAGACCAAACAGUACCUUGUUUCGCUGUACCCUAGAUGCCCUUCGUCGCUGCUGGAUGUCUACACCCCUCGCCUUGAAUCGACGUAUUCCAAAUACAUUGAUCUCUUGUAUAUGGUAUGUGCGGAAGUGACCUCGGAUCCCAAGCACCUGUCAUAUAUCGCAUCUGCACAUUGGCCCGGGUUUAUCGCACCAGUUGUGCAAGAGUGGAAAGCUCUUUACUGCGAGCGUCAGAGAGUAACUGAAAACACUGAAGCUUCGUUCCAGUCGACCCCGCCUCCUGACGAGCGAUCCACUCCCACCUCCCCUUCGGACAUGGAUAUGGAUGAGCUCGCAGAAAAAUCAGGCGAAGAGAUCAACGUUUUAUAUCCUGUUCCAACAAAUGACGAUUUCCAUCGGCUCUCUAGGCGAUCUAAUAAGGGCCUCGUCUCGGCCCUCCACACACUCUAUCCUCGCCUCAUGAGCGCUCCCCAUUGGGCGGAGCUGAACGCUCCUCCCAAAACACUCCGUCUUUCUGACACUUUAGCAUUUAGCCAAAGUAUUUCCUCGUCCCCCUCAAAGCAAAAGAAGACGGAGGAAGGCACGGCCCUAGGGAAUCUCACUCAAAGACUUACUUGGCGUGCCAAGUUGAUGCUCGUCGCCAGCUAUCUUGCCAGCCUAAAUCCAUCUAAAACUGAUGCGAGGUUGUUCGAACGAUCGGCGGAUGGCGGUAGAGUGCGCCUCAAAAAAGGGGGCGGAGCUCGGAAAUCACCCACUAAGUCAAAAGGGACUGUGGCUGGUGCAGCCUCUAAGUUACCGCGGCACCUUACAGGUCCUUCCGUCUUUCCGCUUGAUCGGUUCAAAGCGAUCUUUGAAGCCCUGAUACUCGAACAUGGUGGAGAUCAGGCGGAUGAGGAAGAGUGGUCUUCCACCGAAGCAAGUCGCGUACAGGUCCUUGCGUGUAUGUCGGAACUUGUCCAGAUGCAGCUCAUUCAACGCGGAAGCCCCAGUUCGGAGGAUAAGCUCGAAGGAUCCACGACGUUCAAAAGUAAUGUCACUACUGAGUUAGCGCACGAAAUUGCUCGGGAGCUUAAGAUCGACCUUGGGGGCUAUCUGUGCGAUGUCAUCAAUUGAAUUGGAUAUGAGUCAUUAGGCACCAUCCAGACAAAGGGAACCGGAUGAUGGCGAGCUAACAUGGCUAUGCAGGCCAAUAGCGAAGGUGUGUUGGGAGACCUGACUCGCUCAUGCAAAUAAAUCGUUACGGUCCUCUUUUCUCGCACGCAUGCGACAACCCCCAAAUACAGCUUGAAAAGUCGUGCGCAGUUUGGAUCGUCCUUGAAAGGGAACGAAGCGCCAAGACGAUAUGCGGCUGCGAAUCCAAAGGUAAUUCCAAUUUCGUGCAUGUUGAGCACCGUCUACGCUCCAGCAAACAGCUAAGGUUC